AUGUCACUGCUGAUAUAUGACAGCUUUGCUCAGUUCUUAGUUGAACAGAGAGGCUAUGAUCGGGAACUUAUGACUUUGACUCCUGACUGUUGGGACUUCUGUUUCAAAGGCUUGCUUUUGGACUUGGAAGAUGGAAACUUACUGAAGCUGGGUGAAGAUGGGACAGUUCUGAGGGCUAGUCAUGGCACUAGACUUUUGACAGGAGAAGAGAUAUUGGAAACCUAUGGAAAGAAGAGAAAGUGGAAACACUUCAAAACUAUCAAUGGAACAUUUGCACGUUCAGGCAAAUAUCAUUUCUAUGAUAAUUAUUUUGACCUGCCAGGAGCUUUGCUGUGUGCUCGGGUAGUGGAUAUUUUAGAUCAGAAUAGAACUGUGAAGAAAUAUGAAUUCUGGAAGGAUGUGAUUGCUUCCAUAGAAUACAAUUACAAAGCAUCUGCCUUCAAAGCACAAUUCAAAAUGGUGACUACCUACAUCAAGACCAUCAGCCAUGAAAGGAUGUACUUGCCAUAGAGAGUGCAAUGAAAGCUCACUAAAUUGAUUCCUGGGAUGAGAGAAUUGCUCUGAAAGAUGAUUGACUGGAACACUAUCAAGUUUAGAAGAAUGAGAGAUGAUCUCUUUGAUUUUUAUGCAUUUCUGCAAGUGCUUCCUAGGUAAAUGUUGUCAGAUUGUUUCCUCUGUUUGAUUCAACCCUUGCCAUUCAGUUUUCCUUAUCGGCUCUUGUACAGUAUAAUCCAAUAGUGAAUAAGAUUUGUACACGUUGUUGGAAAAUUUAAUACAAAAACAGUUGUUAUCCCAAAGUAAUGUUUACUGUUGUUGUUUAGUCUUUCAAAAAGUUACAUUUGCAAAAAAUUGAAGGGGAAUGGAAGAUGUCAAGUAAUGUGAUAGAUAUAGAUAUUAAAGAAGGUAACAGAACGUACACUUGAAGUAAAUAUUGAGAAAACUUUUGAAAGUGAGAAAAGCAGCGGUAAGGAAAAUGUGGUUAGGGCAGUGAAUUUCAGAGCAUUGCUUUUGCUGAAAGCUGUACCGUGGUGGAAGAGAGACAUUAACUAGAAUAGAAAGCAUGGAGGAUGCUUUCUAGUACGUAGACAGUGGAGGAUUUAAAACAGUGUUUUGUUGUAUUAAGAACUUGCAGGUGGGUUAUUGGAGACCUGUGUGAAGAUCAUAGGAGAAAAUAAUUCCUGAGAUAACCAAACAGUUAUGGUCUCGUAGUCUCCCUACCUCCGAGCCAGCAGACCCGAGUUCAAGACUCACCUGUUUCAGAGGUGUGUCAUAACAUCUCUGAACAGGUUGAUUAGAAAAUAUGAAAAAACCGAACCUCUGCCUCACUGGGAUUGAGGUAAUACCAGAAAUUGGCAAUAUUUCAGUUGUGGAAGGAGUGAUUUUGGCGGUGCAGUCAAUGAGAAUUAAAUAUCACAAGCAAGGAUACUAAUUUCUAAGAUUAUCUUUACCAUCCAGCAUAGCUCCAAAAUGCUGGAUAAUUUAGCCAAGGAGAGAGUUAUGAUUGUUUUUUUGGGGUGGUUGACCAAAGUUCGUGAUUUGAAAUCUUUUGAGCGACGAUUAAGCAUUUCUGCUAUUGUGUUCUGAAAAUGUUUCCAUCUUAUUUGUCUUUGUAUUCAUAACAAUUAAUGCUUUCUGAUUCAAUCAUUUCAUAAUGUUGUCUUGUAUGAUGCAAAUUCCCAUCCUUUCUCCCCUCAAAUUCUAAAUCUUGA